CGAUCUUCAUCAAGAGUUCAAGGCCAGUGCAUGGUUCGAUGAUCUAGUCAGCCAUGUGCAGCAGUCUAAGCUUUCGAUGAUUAUGUCUAAAGAAAAGAUUCCAGUCCAUGCUUUAACAGCUUAAGGCUCACUGCUAGUGUGACUGGUCGUGCCUGCCCUGCCACCAACCAAACCGUCCGUCCGUUAACGAGGCGAGCAGCGUUAGCAGACUCGGCGAAGCUAGACUAGAGAGUGGAGAGGGAGUAGAAAUUGCGGCAUCUUUUCCCUCCCGUACACCUGCUAGCUCGGAGCUCCAGCGGUUGCGCGGUCGUCGGCAGCCCGGAGCUCAGCGCGGUCACCGGCCGGCAAUGGCUCCGACCACCCCGGCGUGCUGGUCAGCGCUUCCUCCUCGCCUCCGGCCGCUGCCACCGGCCAGCUGUGGCGGAGUCGCCAACGUCUUCUUCAGCUACCGAUAUCGCCGACUCCUCCUCCACCGCCGCGCGCCGCCGCUGAUGGUCGCCGUUGACCCACCUCCGCGCGAGGAAGCCGAGGCGCCCGCUCUCGAGCUCGCGCUAAAGCGGAGCGGCAGCAUCGACCGCAUCCCGGAGGACGCACGCCGCAUCCUGCACCGCCUCGCCGGCGAGCUCUGGGGCGGCGGCGUGGACCCGAGCGCGCUCGCGGUGUCGCAGCUCAAGGGCGCCAUGACCAACGAGGUGUUCCGGAUCACCUGGCUCGGCGGCGAGGGCGACCAGCUCAAGGUGCUCGUGCGCAUCUACGGCCAGGGCGUCGAGGUCUUCUUCGACCGCGCCGACGAGGUCCGCACCUUCGAGUUCAUAUCACGCCACGGCCAGGGGCCCCGCCUCCUCGGCCGCUUUGCCAACGGCCGCGUCGAGGAGUUCAUCAACGCUCGGACGCUCUCGGCGGCGGAUCUGCGGGACCCGGAGAUAUCCGCACUGAUUGCCAAGAAGCUUCGGGAGUUUCACGAUCUCGACAUGCCUGGACCAAAGAACGUGUCAUUGUGGCAGAGGCUCGGGCGGUGGCUUGAGGAGGCUCGUGGCAGGUGUUCUUCUGAGGAGGCCAGGGAAUUUCGGCUGGGUGAGCUAGGUGAUGAGAUUGCGGCACUGGAGAAUGCGUUGUCAGGGGUUGAUCAGACAAUAGGAUUUUGCCACAAUGAUCUGCAGUAUGGGAAUAUUAUGAUAUAUGAAGAAACCAGACAAGUAACCUUGAUUGACUACGAAUAUGCCAGUUUUAACCCUGUUGCAUUUGACAUUGCUAAUCACUUCUGUGAGAUGGCUGCUGAUUACCAUACAGCAACACCUCAUGUAUUGGAUUUUACGAAAUAUCCUGACAUUGACGAGCAGCGCGCAUUUGUUCAGACAUACCUUAGUGCUUCAGGUGAAAAAGCGUCGGACAAGGAAGUUGAAAAACUACUCGGAUUGAUUGCAAAGUAUACUCUUGCAAGCCAUCUCUUUUGGGGCCUUUGGGGAAUAAUCUCGGCGCAUGUGAACAAAAAUAUCGACUUUGAGUACAAGGAGUAUGCAAGGCAACGCUUCGAUCAGUACUGGCAAACAAAGCCUAGAAUACUGGGACCUUUAUGUUUUGGGGGUUAAUGGCAACCUGUGGUUAGUCUUGUGAAUUUUGUUUGUCAGUAGUGGCUGGUAGCUAGCAAUUUGACUGUAGUUCUUUCAGCUCGUUGUGAGCAUAUUCUUGACUGUGGAUAUGUGAUGUGUGAUUAUGCCUAUCAAACAGUCAUUUUACA